AUCUUCUCUUCGCUGUUGACCUCUUCCAAUUCGACUGAGCUCAAGCUUGGUAGAGUCGUUCACAAUGUCCCAAGACCAAGACGUUGAUGAUGGUGCCGAUGCCGCCAUGCGAGAAAUGAUGGGAUUCGACUCCUUUUCAGCUCGCCGGCCAAAGAAUCAAUCUGAUACUUCAGUGCCAGCAAUAGCGGCAAACCAAGCAGGAAACUCGUCAAUCAAGCCAGCGUCUUCCGACAGGAGUCUCGCAACCAAUCAAGCCUCAUCCACUGCAACUCAACCGCAUAUCGACUUAGACCAAACGCCCAUCUACGCGUUCACAUCUCCAAUCAGCAACACAUACUACACCAGAUCGGACCUUGACGAAUGGGCACGUGGUAAAAUCAACGCGAACGGUGACACGGUUUACUUCAAACCCGGCUUCGUCUCCGACGAUCCCUGGGCGAGACACCGGGACAAAGAUGGAUACAGCAUGGGCAAAGCGAAGUCGUGACUGGACGACGUCUGCAACACCAACCCAGUUUGCCGCCAUGUGCACGCAAAACCCCUUUCAUUGCGUGGAAUCUUCUGCCUCAAGCAGGGGCUCAGGCCAUGCUGCGCUCAACAUUAUUGGGACAACCUCCAUGCACGUCGGAUGGACUUUGAGCACUGCCGGAGCGAGGUAUCGGGACCCCAACACGUCCAACGUGGUCACAUAAGACGUUGGAUCGGAUCAUACGCCUUGUGGACGUCAAACAUAGGUCCUCCUGUCUGACCGAGGCAGGUCAUGGCGACCGCUUUGAGGGCAACUUCCUCCUUAUCAUGGGCAAUGCAACCGUCAUAGGAGGACUCUUGCUCAAGAAAUUCGCUGGAGGCACCGCAAUGAUCUUCUUCUUGACGAGAAAAUUGGGGGACAGGACUCGUCAAGCUUGACAUUGGUUGAACCGUCCAAGCAAUGAUGUCAAAGACGAGGCAUUCGACCUCAGCCUCCGAUUGUCCACACCUUUGGUAUUCUUUCUAGGCAAAUUGCAGCACUUUCCCAGUCCCUCUAUGUCGGAAGGCCUUC